CAUUAUUCAAAUAAUUCAACCCCCUCCUCCACUCUAACGGUCCAUUUCCCACUAAAAUAAACCCAACCCAUCACUAAAAAAAGAAAAAACAAAAACAAAAACAAAACAAACACAGAAACCCACCUCCACCAUCCAUUGCAUUUUCUCUCUAUUACUCACUCUCUCUCUCAAAGACUAAAAAAUUUAAUGGAGUCUGCUAAUAAUGUGCAACAUGUAAACAAGAAGUCCUCCGACGAGUUACUGAGAAAGUUUGCCGAGAUGGGUUCGGAUUCAGGAGAAAAGGCUCCACCGAAGAAAGAGCUCCGGCUAUCGAAACGACGCCGGACGAGAAGCCGAACAAGUGGUGGAUGUGAAAGCCCAUUAAAUGGUACCAAUAGCUUAGUGGAGAGGAGGUCUUUGCUUCCUCCUGGUGGCAGCAGGAAAUCGGCAUUGCUAAGACAGCUUGGGAUUCAUGGCAGCUCUCAUCUCAGCCUCAGGGCUAGAGAUUUUAGGAACAAAUCUCUCUUGGGCACAAUUGAGAAGACAUGGCGUAGAACCAUAGAAGGUGCUUCGAAGGUCUUUAUGGAAAAGCAUUACAAUCGCCACAAGCGUUUGAUAAAUGAUAUGGUCUAGCCUCAGAAGGCCCUUUCUUCUAGCAUAUUGAUCAGGAACUCAGGGGAGAAGGAAAAAAAAGAAAGAAAAAGAAAAAAGAAGAAACAAAACAAAACACUACUCAGCCUCUGUAAAUUCCACAUCAAAUUUUAUAUUUAUUUAUUCUUUUGAGAUAUUGUUUCUUUUAUGUAUGAGAAAUAAAUGAAAGUUGAACCCCACAAUUUAGAUUCA